CCCGGCUCAGUGAGGCGGUACUGUUCCUGACCGCGGGACGCUGGAGCUAGGGAUCAUGAACUGGGACAGAAUCAACCCAGGAUAGAAGAUUCGCUGGGGGCUGGCCUGACCCAUGGAAUAAAGGUGUCGGCCAUUUGUGUUCCUUCUCAGGGUUCAGAGAUGGGCAGUGAGAAGGAGCAGAGCCCAGAACAGCACCUGCCCGAGGAAGGGGAACGGGGUGAUAAGCCAUGGAGAGUGGACGACUCCAAGGUACGGGAUGGGGAAAAAGAGCCUGGGCAAGCAAGCCCGUCGGAGGGGCCACAAGGGCCCCGUCCAGAAGAGCCAACGCAGGAAGUCGCUGUCUCUGCUGCAGAGCCAGAGGACCUCUCUGCUCAUCGGAGGUCUGAGGUGGAUGAGAAGCCCUUUGUAUGUGUCCAGUGUGGCAAAACCUUCAACAACACCUCCAACCUGAGGACACACCAGCGCAUCCACACGGGCGAGAAGCCUUACCAGUGCUCCGAGUGUGGUAAGAGCUUCUCCAGAAGCUCCAACCGGAUCCGGCACGAGCGCAUCCACCUGGAGGAGAAGCAAUACAAGUGCCCCAACUGCGAGCAGAGCUUCCGGCGGCACGCGGACCUCACCACGCACCAGCAGGACCACCUGGGCCGGCGGCCCUUCCGCUGCGACCUCUGUGGCAAGAGCUUCGGCCAGAGCGCGGCGCUGGCCGUGCACUACCGGACCCACCUGGAGCCCGCGCCCUACAUCUGCUGCGAGUGCGGGAAGAGCUUCAGCAACAGCUCCAGCUUCGGCGUGCACCACCGCACCCACACGGGCGAGCGGCCCUAUGAGUGCUCCGAGUGCGGGCGGACCUUCAGCGACAUCUCCAACUUCGGGGCGCACCAGCGGACCCACAGGGGCGAGAAGCCCUACCGGUGCACCGCGUGCGGGAAGCACUUCUCCCGCAGCUCCAACCUCAUCCGCCACCAGAAAACACACCGGGGAGAGCAGGCCGGGAGAGAGUCCAGCUGAAGAGGCCGAGGGAGCGAGGACAGGGCAAGGGGCCCCAGCCUAGCGCAGAAGGGUCUUUAGGAGCUGCUGCUGCCCGCUUGACCUCAAGGCCUUCUCCCACUUUGGAGAAGGGUUUUCUGUUGCCUCUGAAGCCAGGAUCUCCAGGAAGUCAGAGAAGGGACUCUGAGUAAAAAUCUACAUUUUUCAGGCCCAUUUCUUGUGGUAGAGAUAGUCAGAGGACUCUCUCUUAGUUUCAUCUCCUUGAGGUGUAAGAGAAAUAGGGUAGGCUUAGUACUUGCUUAUAUCCUUAGGGUGACCUUCCCCGGCCUUUAAGGAAGUUCCUGUGCGAUAAGCAUCACCGUCUGGAGGGCCUCUAUUGUAUAUGGACUGCUUGAGCUUAGGGCGCACUGCAGGGGUGCGCCUACUGUGCCUCAGCUGGCCAGGGAGGAAGGGGCUUCCCAGGCCUGGAGAAGAGGUCUGAGGUCCUACUUUAGGAAUGAAAGGGAAACCCUCAAGGAGCCAUGAUCCAGGGACCUUCACAUUCCCUCAGGUGUGUGACUUGUCACCCCCAGCCCAGCGUGCAUCUGUUUCCCCAGGAUUAGCAGUAAAACCCUUUAAUGAAAAGGGCCUGUGUACUUACUUGGGGGCAUCAAAGAGGUGGGGAGAUGGUCGCACUGCCACCACUCUGGAAGGGAGUUGAAUUUCAAGAAAGAAUGGGCGACUGCUCUGAAAAGCGGAAGGAAGCAGCUGACUGAGGUCUGUGAGGAGGAAGGGGAGAGAGGGGGGAGGAGUAGUAGCUGAGCGUCUGCUGUGCGCCCUGGAGGCCACAGCCGCAUUCCCAUUCUUCAUCUAGUGCUGCAGCAGCCGCAGGGGCGGAUGUGGAGGAGACGAGUGAGGAGAGGCGAGAUCGCCUGCUGUGGUCACAGGAUGGGAAUGCUGGUGGAGCCGGGGUUCACGCCUGGGUCCCCCUUGUUUCUGAGCUGACGCUCUUUCACUGCAUUCACCUUGCUGGCUUCCGAGGGAGGAGCCACUCAGGGAGCUGGCCUGGGUCCAGCUGAUUUCCUAGAAGCGGGAGCUAGCGCAUGGCCUCUUGAGACAGUCCCGGACCCUUUGCUCUGUGGGACGUCAGUGCCAAGCAUGAGAACCUUUUCAACUUUAGACUGAUAGUUGAUUGACACUAUUCUGUGCCUAGGAAAUAGGAUAGUAACUUGGAAUAGGGGCUGAGGGGUGGGAGAAGAUGAACCUAGAGAGAGUCUUUGCCCUUAGUAGCAGCAGUUUAGUUCCUAAGGUUGGGACAGCUUGGUAGAGGUCAGGCCUGGCUUCCUGCCCUUCUGAAGGCUUGGCUCCAUGUGGCAAGUUUUCAGUGUUUUCUGCAUUAAAGUUUAUAGAGUUCACCCAGAUUUCCUCCAACAAAUCCAAAAGACCCCCGUCUCUGGCCACUCUGGGGUUUUGUUCUUCCAGAGUGAGGGGCCUUCUUCAUCUGUCACCAGCUGGCAGAAUGUGCCUGGCACAGCUGAUGACCUGACUACAACGGGAUCCUGCCAUCCACCCAGGAGGGGAUGUGCCUUUAUUUUUUCUAACCAUAAAAGAUGAUUUCCAAACAAUUCCCUGAUAUUUGUAGGGUCCUUUUUAGUUUACCAAGCACUUUUAUUUCAUAUACAUUUUCCUGCUCCUUGAAAAUCUUCAUACAAAGUAUUUUAAACAUACAGUCACCCAACUUGUAUGUAUAACUUGCUCCCUAAUAAUAGAAGUUGCCAGGGACUUCCUGGCUGUACAGUGGUUUAAGACUGCUUCCACUGCAGGGCUGCGGGUUUGAUCCUGGCUGGGGAACUAAAAUCUCUCAUGCCAUGUGGCCAAAAAUAAAACUUAGA